UCCUUUUAGCAUCUCUUUGUGUCCUUGUUUCUGGUCGACUCUCAGUGUUAAAACCACUGAGAUCCAUUUUAACGCGAUGAAUCCCUCUGAGAACUCUGUCCUGUAGCUGCAGUAGAAAACCUGCAGCGAUCAUUCCUGCCCCGGCCUGCAGCUGAAGCCGCUACCUGAAGGUUAAACUCUGUGCCGAGCAGAACAGGGAGCCUGAACAUCGGCUUUUCUUAUCACAUCAGACCGGCUGAGAGCAGAUUUUACACCAGAGGAUCGAUGCUGCGAGGUCGAAUUUAUCCUGAGGCGCAUAAAUCAUGUCCAAUUCAGCUCUGUGAUCGUGUCUCUGUGUCUGAAACGACGCUGCUGUUGUGUUUUAUUUAUUUCAGUGCUGGAAGGUAGGAAAACCAGCUUGCCAGGACAUAAAUCUUGUGCUCAGAGGAAACUGUCCUGACUCUAAUUUAUUGGAUAUUGGUGUUUGAACAGAAUUGUGAUCCUUCGACACUCAAACCUGACACAGUUUCUGCCGAGUGUUUGCUCACGCCGGCCGACAGAAAAACAGCUCUCAUCGAGCAGGUAUUCGUUUUUGGCAAAGUUUCCUGCUUCCACCGUUAUCAGCUCAUUAACCGUCUGAGCCUCGGGGUGUUUUAUUUGCUCCUGACACACUUUCACUCGCUGCAAUAUAAAGUCCUGCACCUCGACAGAAACAGAACAACAUGAAGGAGGAGAAAGAAGUCAGAAAGGUCAAUGACAAGAGUGUCUGGAGUUCGGCGAGGGUUCGGUGACCGGCGACAUGUGUGAGGAUCUUUGUGUUCUGGGUCUGGUCGAGUACAAACGCUGCCUCUACUACGAGAACGGGAAGAAGGUGAUCGAGGCUCGCUGGAGGGGAAACCCCGUCAUCCUCAAGUCCAAGCUGGAGAACUUCUCCUCGUACGAGCCGCUGGGGAUCCUGGACUACCAGGACACGGCGGAGGAGCUGUCCCCUCUGGACGUGGUCUUCUACGCCACUCUGGAGGUACGGAACUCCCUGGGGCUGGCCGGGGAGGACGAGGAUGAAGACGGAGGAGGAGGAGGAGGAGGAGGAGGAGGAGGGAACGGCUCUCUGGCCAGGCUGUGGGGGAAGAAGCUGAAGAGCAGAGAUAAGAGCAUCUCCAGAGCAGAGCUGGCUUCACUGUGGUCGCUGCUGCAGCAGGAGGAGUACACCUUCCUGAGAGUCCUGCAGGACCUCAGCAGCCACGUGGCCAGAGUGCUGGGCUCCUGCGGUCACUUCUACGCCGUGGAGUAUCUGUCGGCCGGACACGCCUGGGACCAGAACAUCUUCUCCCUGGACGACGUGUCCGUUCCCGGGCUGCAGGACCAGAACCAGGCCGGGGCCCGGGGCAGGUGGACCUCCAGGGAGAUGGUGCACCGCAUCGCUCUGAGCUUCCUGGACAUGGUGUGGCACUUUGACAACGACUUCACCCACAAGCUGCACCUCUGCGACAUCAAGCCGGAGAACUUCGCCAUCAGGAAGGACCUGACGGUGGUCGCCAUCGACGUGGACAUGGCGUUCUUCGAGCCCAAGAUGAGGGACAUCCUGGACCAGAACUGCAGCAGCGACGACGACUGCAACUUCUUCGACUGUUCGUCCAGAUGUGACCCGAUGAAACGCCGGUGCAGCCCGACCCGACGGAACACGAACCUGCAGGUGAUUUGUGAGAAGAUUUUCAGGCCGUGGUUUUCUCCUACUCUGCUCGGAGCCAAAGCAGGACUUCCUCUGCAGUCGUCCUACCAGGUGGAGCUGCAGCGAGCCGUCCAGGAGUGUUCAGAAACCGACCAGAGCGAGGAGGACGAGGAUGGAGGAGGAAGAGGAGGAGGCAGGGACGUCCAUCAGCGUCUCUUCAGCAUCCUGAACCGACUCGUCCAGGAGGGCAGGGCUUCAGCGGAAGGGGGCGGAGCCUGGGAGGGGAAAGACCACGUCCACACGGCACUGAACUUCUGACCCACGAAGACCUCAGGAAGCUUCUCCAGGAGCAAAACUCUGAUGUUAACGCAUCUCCAGGUCCUUCUAGGGCGGGUUUUCCACUGAAAGCUGGGAGACAAGCGCCGAGACGCCCCGAACGAUGGAAAACUGUUCGUCCAGUGGCUCAUUUUAAGGUCCAGAGCCACAGUUUGAGCCACCAGGGUGAAGUUAACUCAGCAAAAAGAUUCUCAAUCCACAGAGAGAUAAAAUACGGACAUCUUCGUCUAACGGUCUUACAUCAUUCCAACUCACCCAUCUCUGAUUCAACUGUAAUUUUAGUGGCAGAAAAUAUGGAUAUUUAUAAAGAUGAUUCUGAAAUUUCAGAUUGCUAUCUAAAAUACCUCCAGUAAUUCAUCAUGUCAACAAGUUUUGUAACUUGGAAUGACUUUCCUAAUCAAACAAUGGUUGAUUCACUUAUAAUUUGCCGGGAGUCAUUAAGCAUCACAGAAACUGUCAUGGUGCCCCUACCUAACUGAACCCAUAAAAAUUUUAGGCUAUGUUUGAAAGACAAUAUCUCAAGAACUAUUGAAGAUAAUGACCAUGACAAAGUUUCUGUGAUGCUUCAUGACUUCUGGGAAAUUGCAUCAUCAGUGAAUCAGCCAUUGUUUAAUUACAGCAGGUCCUUGGUUUACGACGUCUUCGACCUACAGGGGUCGUGGUCAUGUCACCAUCUAUAAAUUCAUUCAGAUAGUCUUGUUCCAUCAUUCCUACAUGCGGUGUUUGCGACGCUAAAACAAAUUUUGCGUGGGAACUAGUUGGCGAGUGGAGUGGACGGAUACGUCGUCACGUGGCGCUAUACGAGGAAGGCGGUCUACAUUCACCACCUUGGAUUGUGCUACAUUCACUUUCUUCUGUUUGUGUUGUUUUUUUGGAAACGUUUUGCCCUUCAUUAUGGCUCCCAAGCGUAAGUCAGACUCUUCUGAUGGCAGUGCUUCGAAGAAAAGGAAAGUCAUCUCCAUAGAAGUGAAAUUAGAUAGAAAAAAAAAAAAACUUGGAAAAGGGCGAAAAACUGACGAACAUCGGCUAGUUGCUAGGUGAGUGACGUAUGUACAAAAGACGCGUUACAUCCUGCUGUAGGAACGGAAUUCCAACGUAAGUCAACAAACCCUGUGUUAGGAAAAUCAAUCCAAGUUCCAAACCUUGUUCGACAUGAUGAGAAACAGUGAAAAUUUCAGGCUGUUCGCUUCAAUAGUUUCUGAAAUAAUGUCGUUCAAAUAGGCUCAAACUUCAGUGUGUGAAAGAAAUGACUCAAAGUGGGGCAUUUUCUAAAAAUAUCCCAGAAGGUGUUUGAUAGAUCAAUCUAAAAUUCCACAGGCACCAUUUUAAAAAAGCAGGUUUCAAGCACAAGCAGAAGGACGGACGGUUACUUGGCUGCCACUAAAUGCAGCUACCAUCAAACUUUUAUAAACACACCCGUCCUGCUGCCACCUUCUAAUCAUGUAAUCUGUCCAGUCUGUAAAAUACAGAACAAAAUACAGUGAAACAGAACCGACAACUUCUAUAAAGAUUGAGGUUAACCUCCAGGUCACUGCUCAUUAAAGGCCAACAGUGGAGAAAUCUCAUUCCAGCAGAACUUCACCUCAGCUUCUUCCAUCUCCUGAACAGAUCAGAUGGAAUCACGUUGGAUUUCACCACAGUGGGCACUUUUCCACUGCAUUUGCUUGACUGAAGGAACCGUCGCUGCAGAAGGUCUUUCAGGAGAAUAAACAACCUGUUUCUAGCAGCUGUGACAAACAGCCGUGGAGGCCUGGAAGCUGAUUGGUUAACUCUCUGAACUCCAAAACCCACCAGUUGAUUUGAAACACCAUUUUUUCCUGACUUUUUGAUCUGAAUUUCACAUUUAUAUCUUAAAAGUUUGACUUUUUAACACUGAAGUUUGAGUUUUUUUUACCUAAAUUUCAAGCUUGUAUCUCAAAUUUGUACCUUCCAUCUUUUUUAUCCAAAAAUUAUGACUUAGUUUAGAAUGACGACUUUCCAGACACCGUAACUAAUAAGAAAUCCUGUAAUACAGUGCUAAUAUCUUGGGCCCAUGUUGAUUCCAGGUUAUUUCAGCUUCCGUUUGUACUUGAAUGAAUGAACUACAGUGAAGAAAAAUGUGACGAAAAUGAGCGAAAAUGUGUGAAAAAUGAGCAAAAAAUGCCAGCAAACUGUUCUGGAGUUCAGAGGAUUAACCUGAAAGAGGACAACCAGUUUAAUUUUACUGGACGUCCAGUUAUUAUAGUUUGUUGUUGUUUUGUCACACUCUGAGUUACCAUCACGUUUGAGGCCGUUGCAUUCGAUGCCACAGCGGAAACAGAAAGAACAAAAAGUCAGAUUACAGGGCAGUUUCUGUAACCGUCACCUCGAGCCUGAACCGAGUUCCUGCAGUGGAAAGACGCCAAAUAAAUCUGAAAACAUUCAGAAAUGGAUGGAAGAAAAGAAACAGAAAGAUGCUUCAAGCGUGUCCUCCUCAGAGGAAUUUGUUGUUGAUCCAGUGCUCAUGGAUCCUCUCACUUUUACUCUUCCUUUACCCAGCCAGUUAGUCUCAGUGAGAUUAUAAUGAUCUCUCUCAUUUGAAGAGAAACUGUAGUAAGUAAAAGAUUUACACACAAUUUAAAAGCAGCAGGUGCAGUUUAACACACAUCCGACCAAACACAAGCUUGGUCGGCUGAAGCUGGAGGUACUUCUCAACUAAUUGAUGAGAAAAACGAAUGUUUAACACUCAAACUGCAGACUUAUUAGCCUCAAUUCUAAAUAAACAUAAACAGACAGUAGUAGCAGCAGAUUUAAUUUUAUACAACUAGUUCCAGACACCUAGUUGUAGAACUCUCUAGUCCUCAGAUCUCUACGGCUAGUUUUAGAUCUCGAGAACUAAUCUUGGAUCUUUACAGCUAGUUUCAGAUCUCGAGAACUAAUCUUGGAUCUUUACAGCUAGUUACAGAUCUCUACAACUAGUACCCAUUCUCCACAAGUAGUUUGAAGACCUUUAUAGCCACUUCCAGAUGUCUACUAGCCUUCACACAUCUCCAAGUAGUCAUGUACAACUUGUUGCAGACCUCUACGACUAGUCCUCAGACGUCUUCAGCUAGAUGUAGACCUCCACAACUGUAACGGUGCCAGAAGUUACUUUCAGAUCUCUACUAACAACCACACAUCUGCUAUUAGUCCUCAGAACUUUACAGCUAGCUUCAAAAAUCUACAAGUAGUCUACAGAUAUCUACGACUAGUCCUCACAACUUUGUAGCUAGUUCCACAAAUCUACAACUAAUCCUUGGAUUUGCACAACUAGUUCCAGACCUCAACAACUAGCUCUCACACGUCUGAUGAGGGUAAACAUUUAGUAAAUGUCAACAAAGUCAGACCUAUCAGUCUCAUUAGGAUGGACCAGUCCACAGCUGUAAAAAUGUGGGGGUGUUCACAGGAAGUGAGAACAUACUGACCAACCAAUGAACCGGUCCACCUUCACACUACACGCUCCUGAUGGGUCGUGGUUAGCGCCUUGCAUGGCAGCUUCCGCCAUCGGUGUGUGAAUGUGUGAAUGUGACGUAUAACGUAAAGCGCUUUGGGUAUCGUUUCAGCGCUAUAUAAAUACAGACCAUUUACACAUCUGGUAACGAGCAUAAUUCAACGUAUGAAUGACUGAAAACCGUGGUUUAUAAAUGACUCCCUGUAUUUAGUCAUUCUAGACUGUGAAGGCAGAUAACUGAUGGACUGAAGCUGCUAAUCUCAUCUGUUUUUGAAAGAUCACAUUCAAUUCCCUCAAACUGUAUUUAAUUAUUUGUCCACUAAAACACAAUGUACGAACUCAUGGAAAAGUUUUGGAAAUAAAGACAUUUGCCUUCA